GUCCCCUAAAUACGGGAGUGUGCCUAUGUCCCUCGCCUAGAAGGGAGGAUGAGCCCCCUCCCCCAGGGAAUGAGGGAGUGGGCAGAGGCCCUGUGCCUCCUUCUCUGCCCCACCCUCCACCCCUCCACACAUGCUGAGCCCAGCUGCUGCCUGAGCUUCUGGGCUGGCUGCCAGAAAGGGGAGGAGGCUCCUGGUCCCCCAAGAGGCUGGGAUCAGGGCAAGGCCAGAGGAGGGGGUCUUUACUGGGGAGAGGGGCUCAGUCUGUUCUUGUAAGGAUCAGGGUCUGGGGUGAGCCUGAGGGUGGUUGGGCUAUGUCUCCCUUUCCAGGGAAAAAGAAAGAAAAACAACCCUUUCCAUGGAGCUAAAAAUAGAGCUGAGAGCCGGCCAGGGCUGUGGCCUGGAAGGGGGGGAUGCUCCUUCCUGGGGCAGAGGAGCUCUGGCAGGCCUUGGCCUUGGGGGUGGGGAUGCAAGUAGGGGGUGGGAGGAGCUCCUUGUCCAAGGUUGUGGGUGUCAGCUGACCUGACUGGGGCACAGAGACCCCUGGAGGAAAGUCUGUGUGGUAAAAUGUUUGUGAAACACCACGUGUGUGUGUGUGUGUGUGUGUGUGUGUGUGUGUAAAGUUGUCUGACUGAAGGAGACCACCAGUGUGUGGAAGAGGCUUAGGAGAGGAGCCCAUUUAAAAUUGCGUCUGUGUAGGAAGGGCUUUGAGUCGAUGUGAAAGACUGUGCACAGCAAGGUGUGUGACACCCAGGUAUAUCUGUGUGUGAGUUAGACUGAAAGAUUAUGGAAAGAAGGAACAUGGAACCACGUGAUGGAUGAGAUUGUGGUUGUGGCUGCGUGGGACUGAAUGUGGGAAAGGUCGUGUGGGUGUUAUGAAGACUGUGUUGUUUGCAAGAGGGUGAGAAUAUCUGUGACCCGAGAAGACAGAGGAGUGUUGUCAGCUGUGAGGCUGGUGUAGGUUUGGACUGUAGGUUUGGACCGCCUCACCCCAGUCAUGGGGGGAGGGGGCAGGGGCUGCCUCUCUCUCCCAGCAAUGACCUCUCUCUUAACAAAUGGUUCUGAAGGAAGGCUAGGGAGCAGACAGCCGCGCCCGGGGCAGUCCUGGGCUCGAGGGGUCGAGAGGGUACAGUGCUGGGGAGCCAGGUUCCCCUGGAGGCCCUUGGCCAGGCCUGAGCCUCUGUCGCCAUGGCCAUUGUACAGACUCUGCCAGUGCCACUGGAGCCCGCUCCUGAGGCCACUACUGCCCCACAAGCUCCAGCCAUGGGCAGCGUGAGCAGCCUCAUCUCAGGCCGGCCCUGCCCGGGGGGGCCAGCGCCUCCCCGCCACCACGGCCCCCCUGGGCCUACCUUCUUCCGCCAGCAGGAUGGCCUGCUACGGGGUGGCUAUGAGGCACAGGAGCUGCUGUGCCCAGCAGUGCCCCCUAGGAAGGCCGUCCCUGCCACCAGCUUCACCUACAUCAACGAGGACUUCCGGGCAGAGUCACCCCCCAGCCCAAGCAGUGACAUUGAGGAUGCCCGAGAACAGCGGGCACGCAGUGCCCAUCUCCGCGGCCCCCCACCCAAGCUCAUCCCUGUCUCUGGAAAGCUGGAGAAGAACAUGGAGAAAAUCCUGAUCCGCCCAACAGCCUUCAAGCCAGUGCUACCCAAACCUCGAGGGGCACCAUCCCUACCUAGCUUCCUGGGUCCUCGGGCCGCCGGACUGUCUGGGAGCCAGGGCAGCCUAACACAGCUGUUUGGGGGCCCUGCCUCGUCCUCCUCUUCCUCCUCCUCCUCGGCUGCUGACAAACCCUUGGCACUGAGUGGCUGGGCCAGCGGCUGCCCAUCGGGGACACUGUCUGACUCGGGCCGAAACUCACUGUCCAGCCUGCCCACCUACAGCACCGGGGGUGCCGAGCCAGCCAGCCACUCCCCUGGUGGUCACCUGCCCUCUCACGGCCCGGGGCGGGGGGCGAUGCCCGGACCAGCCCGAGGGGCCCCGACUGGGCCCUCCCAUUCGGACAGUGGUCGAUCUUCCUCCAGCAAGAGCACAGGCUCCCUGGGAGGCCGUGUGGCUGGGGGGCUCUUGGGCAGCGGCACCCGGGCCUCCCCUGACAGCAGCUCCUGUGGGGAACGUUCCCCACCCCCACCCCCACCCCCACCACCCCCUUCGGAUGAGGCCCUGCUGCACUGUGUCCUGGAAGGAAAGCUCCACGACCGUGAGGCAGAGCUGCAGCAGCUGCGGGACAGUCUGGACGAGAGUGAGGUGACCAUGUGCCAGGCCUACGAGGAGCGGCAGCGGCACUGGCCACGGGAACGCGAGACACUGCGGGACGACAGUGCCACCCAGGCCCAGCGGGCGCAGCGGGCCCAGCAGCUGCUCCAGCUGCAGGUGUUCCAGCUGCAGCAGGAGAAGCGGCAGCUGCAAGACGACUUCGCGCAGCUGUUGCAGGAGCGGGAGCAGCUGGAGCGGCGCUGUGCCACCUUUGAGCGGGAACAGCGGGAGCUCGGGCCGCGGCUCGAGGAGACCAAGUGGGAGGUGUGCCAGAAGUCAGGUGAGAUCUCCCUGCUGAAGCAGCAGCUGAAGGAGUCCCAGGCAGAGCUGGUGCAGAAGGGCAGUGAGCUGGUGGCCCUGCGGGUGGCGCUGCGAGAGGCCCGAGCUGCUCUCCGGGUCAGCGAGGGCCGCGCUCGGGGCCUGCAGGAGGCGGCCCGGGCGCGGGAGCUGGAGCUGGAGGCCUGUUCCCAGGAGCUGCAGCGGCACCGCCAGGAGGCCGAGCGACUCCGAGAGAAAGCUGGCCAAUUGGACACCGAGGCAGCCGGACUCCGGGAACCCCCCGGGCCACCUGCCGCCACGGACCCUUUCCUCCUGGCAGAGAGUGAUGAGGCCAAGGCGCAGCGGGCGGCCGCCGGGGUCGGGGGCAGCCUGCGGGCCCAGGUGGAACGGCUGCGGGCGGAGCUGCAGCGGGAGCGGCGGCGGGGGGAGGAGCAGCGGGAGAGCUUCGAGGGGGAGCGGCUGGCCUGGCAGGCGGAGAAGGAGCAGGUGAUCCGCUACCAGAAGCAGCUGCAGCACAACUACGUCCAGAUGUACCGGCGUAACCGGCAGCUGGAGCAGGAGCUGCAGCAGCUCAGCCUGGAGCUGGAGGCCCGGGAGCUCGCUGACCUGGGCCUGGCCGAGCCGGCCCCCUGCAUCUGCCUGGAGGAGAUCACAGCUACUGAGAUCUAGCGCCCUUGGCAUCCCAGAGCAACAGGGAGCUUGACUGCAGUGGGGCGGGAACCUUGGGGCCACGGAGGUCCCCCGGGUCUGAGGGCCCCAGAGCCGCUCGUGCCCCGAGAUCCAGGUCUCUGGGCCUCUGCCAGGACCCUGGGGGCAGCCCUCUGACUAGGUUGAGCAAGAUCAGCCCCCUUGAAGGUCCCCAUUUCACUGUCUCAUAGAGGCUCCUACUCAACUUGACCCAUCUCACGCCUCC